UACGGCCUUAGUGAAUCCGGGUAGGUGCGCACAGGCGGUCGCUGAGGUUCCAGGUCUUUAGCGUGAGGUGCCGUAGGUGUGCGGGCCCGAUCAGGAGCCGCAGAUUGUGGGAUUAGUGAUUUGCUUUCCUAAACAGUAGAAAAGUUGAAGAAGAUGUCUAGACAGAACUUAGUGGCUUUGACAGUGACCACCCUUUUGGGUGUGGCUGUGGGGGGUUUUGUCCUCUGGAAAGGCAUCCAGCGCCGAAGGAGUAAACGGAGCCAAGUGACCCAGCAGCAACAGCAGAAAGUGCCAAGCAGUGGAGAGCUGCCCCCUCCAGAAGAGGACCAGCUGCGCCCCAGUGCCCUCAGGGCCUCAUGGGAGGAGAGGAUCCUCAAAGCGAAAGUGGUGACGGUGUCUCAGGAGGCAGAGUGGGAUCAAAUCGAACCCUUGCUUAGAAGCGAAUUAGAAGAUUUUCCAGUACUUGGAAUUGAUUGUGAAUGGGUGAAUUUGGAAGGCAAAGCCAGUCCUCUGUCACUUCUACAAAUGGCCUCCCCAAGUGGCCUUUGUGUCUUGGUUCGCUUGCCCAAGCUGAUCUGUGGAGGAAAAACAUUACCAAGAACGUUAUUGGACAUUUUAGCAGAUGGCACCAUUUUAAAAGUUGGAGUGGGAUGUUCAGAAGAUGCCAGCAAACUCCUUCAGGAUUACGGCCUCGUUGUCAGGGGAUGCCUGGACCUCCGAUACCUAGCCUUGCGGCAAAGAAACAAUGUGCUCUGUAAUGGGCUUAGCCUGAAAUCACUCGCUGAGACUGUUUUGAACUUUCCCCUUGACAAAUCUCUUCUACUUCGUUGCAGCAACUGGGAUGCUGAGACUCUUACAGAUGACCAGGUAACUUAUGCUGCCAGGGAUGCCCAGAUUUCAGUGGCUCUCUUUCUCCAUCUUCUUGGAUAUCCUUUCUCUAGGAAUUCAUCUGUAGAAAAAAAUGAUGACCACAGUGGCUGGAGAAAAGUCUUGGAGAAAUGCCAGGAUGUGGUAGACAUCCCAUUUCGAAGCAAAGGAAUUAUCAGAUUGGGAGAAGAGGUUAAUGGUGAAGCAGCAGAAUCUCAGCAGAAGCCAAGAAGUAAGAAGUCUAAGGUCGAUGGGAUGGCGCCAGGCAACCACCAAGGGAGAGACCCCAGAAAACAUAGAAGAAAGCCCCUAGGGGUGGGCUAUUCUGCCAGAAAAUCACCUCUUUAUGAUAACUGCUUUCUCCAUGCUCCUGAUGGACAGCCCCUCUGCACUUGUGAUCGAAGAAAAGCUCAGUGGUACCUGGACAAAGGCAUUGGAGAGCUCGUGAGUGAAGAGCCUUUUGUGGUCAAACUACAGUUUGAACCCGCGGGAAGGCCUGAGUCCCCAGGAGACUAUUACUUGAUGAUUAAAGAGAACCUAUGUGUAGUGUGUGGCAAGAGAGACUCCUACAUUCGAAAGAAUGUGAUUCCACAUGAGUACCGGAAGCACUUCCCCAUUGAGAUGAAGGACCACAACUCCCAUGAUGUGCUGCUGCUUUGCACCUCCUGUCAUGCCAUCUCCAACUACUAUGACAACCAUUUGAAGCAGCAGCUGGCCAAGGAGUUCCAGGCCCCCAUUGGCUCUGAGGAGGGCUUGCGCCUGCUGGAAGAUCCUGAGCGCAGGCAGGUGCGUUCUGGGGCCAGGGCCCUGCUCAACGCGGAGAGCCUGCCUGCUCACCGAAAGGAGGAGCUGCUGCAAGCACUCAGGGAGUUUUAUAGCACAGACACGGUCACAGACGAGAUGCUGCAACAGGCUGCCAGCCUGGAGACCAGGAUUUCCAAUGAAAACUAUGUUCCUCACGGGCUAAAGGUGGUGCAGUGUCACACCCAGGGUGGGCUGCGCUCCCUCAUGCAGCUGGAGAGCCGUUGGCGUCAGCACUUCCUGGACUCCAUGCAGCCCAAGCAUCUGCCCCAGCAGUGGUCAGUGGACCACAAUCAUCAGAAGCUGCUCCGGAAAUAUGGGGAAGACCUUCCUAUCAAGCUGUCGUGAUAGCUGCUUUCCUCCCAGGUUAGGACAGGUGGGAAGCUGGAGCCAAGGUUGAAAAGUCACCUCUUCCUGUUUUAAUAAGUCAUUGUCAAAGCCGGAGCGAUACAACUCGGAAUACUGACUUAUAUUAAUACUAAUCCCAGGAUACUUCUGAUGGAGCAAGGCUAUUGUUUUAAGUGGAGCUUAUUGUGAUUUUGGACUUUAACUGGACAGUGUCAGUAUCCUUUUUUUCUCUCUUUUAUUUUUGUGGACAAGAGAGGCCUUGGCCUUUGUUUUUAAUCUCCCUUUUAAUGGAGAAUUCUCCCUGAAGUGCUUGUUAAGACUCUCAGAAAAUGUUUUUAAUGUAUUUCUUCCCUGUCUAGUAUGUUGGUUUAUCUCUAACAGGGGCUGUCCAUAAUAUUAAUGUAAUCAGGUUAGUAGGGGAGAAAAACUUCUUCCAGAGGUUAGAGAAAUGAACAAGGAGUCAGAUUUAUUUUCCUAAUUUUCAACCUCAUAGUUACAAUUUCUUUGGCUUUCUGCUGUCCCACAACUCAUCUGGUUGGGAUCCAUCCCAUCUGGGUCACUUCAGUUUAUUUCACAUUACUUGAAAAUGCUCCCCUUUACAAAUCCAGGACCAAAGCAGCACUUCCUGCCAUGUGCUUCCACCCUAACACUGGAGGAAAUCCUUUUCUGGAAAUGAGCCUUCAACCUGGGUGGGGCAGAAAGGACCAGAAACACCACCUCCCGUUAGAACUCUGACCAUUUGCUCAGCUUUUCCUUUCGUGCUGUUUGUUGCCUGCUUGUUGCACUCCUCCUGCCCAGAACUGCAAGGUUUUCAGCUUAAUCCCUUUCUGAGGGGAAGAUAAUCUUUUCUCAGAAUCAGUAUCAUCUCCUGUUAGUGUUCUGUAUUCCAUCAGAUUUGCAAUACUGACCUCUUUUAAGUACUUAAUUCACUUCCGGAGUCAUUUGGUCAGGUUGCAAUGUGAGGACUAAUUCAUCUCCUCGGAAGCCUGGGACACCAGGAUUAGUUAAUAUAAUACUUUAGAUGUUCAUAAGGGGAAUGGUGUUUCAUUUUCAAAAUGUUAGGCCACCACUUUGAGUAUGAAUUCAACUUAUUAGUGAUUAGUAUUUUUUCUUAAGUGUUAGGAAAACAUUCAUAUUUUACAAGAUCUUAACAAGCUUAAAAAAGAAUUUUACAACCAGAAUCCAACAAGAGCUCUAUUUUGGAAUUGUGCCCAAGUCGGUGAUGGUUGCUCUAACGUUGAUAAAUAAAACUUCUUCUAAGCACAA